UCUCUCUGGAGUGGGAGUGGAGUCUCCUUAUAAUUUCUACUUCCUGAUUGUUAACUUUCAUCGCUAUUGUGUUGUAACACGAUCAACAACAGCUUGGAAGGGCCACGUGCCAUUAACAAAGAAAGAAGAAAAUUCGCAUCAAUCUGACUGCUGUCACAUUUAUAUUUUAGCAAAAUGAACAUGCGUAGGAGCGCACCGAACAUUUUAAUAUGUGGUACUCCUGGUACAGGUAAGAGCACAAUGGCACAAACGUUGCAGGAAAAGACUAAACUAAACUGGGUCGAUAUCAGUAAAGUAGCUAUUGAGACUGGAUGUGUGAGCGAGUAUGACGAAGAGUUACAAUGCAGCGUGCUGAACGAGGACGCGUUACUGCAACUUAUGGAGAAAUUGAUGAGAAGGGGAGGACAAAUCGUGGACUAUCACAGUGCUGACUUGUUUCCUGAAAGUUGGUUUGACAUUGUAUUCGUUCUCAGAACAAACAAUACUAUUUUAUACGACCGUCUACAAGCAAGAGGUUAUAGCAAGAAGAAACUAGAGAGCAAUAUAGAAGCUGAAAUUUUUGAAAUUGUUAUCCAAGAAGCAAGAGACUUGUUUGAGCCAGAAUUAGUACAUGAACUUACAAAUGAUACUCCAGACGAGUUGAUGAAUAGCAUAGAUAGAAUAUGUCAGUGGGUAGAGCAAUGGAAAAUAGAUAAUAUGUGAA